AUGAUGAUGGCAAUCUCAGCUGAAGAGCAUACACUUACCUCCGCUGCCGACGAUGCAGCAGCCGCUGCUGCUGUUGUGGCAGCCAAUUCAGGUGUUGCAAAUAUUUCUCAUAUUAAAGACGACGACACAAAUAGUCUUCAUCAACUGUUUGUUCAUCAAGGGUUUGAUCAUCACUUAUCGCAUCCUCAGCCUCACCUCAUGCAUCAACACCACCUUUCCCAACAACAACAACAAGCUCAACACCUCCAACAGCAACACCAACAGAAUCAUAUUCAUCAAAUGCUGCAUACUCCAGUAUCACAACUGCAUACUCCACAGCCUCAACAACAACAUCCUUCCCUUUCCCAACAACAACAAGCACAACAACAGCAACAACAAUAUUUGCAACACACCGGUCAACAAGUUCCUUUGCAUCAUCAAAUAUUGUCGCACCCACAAGCAACUCUCUACCAACAAUAUCAACAACAACAGCAACAACAGCAACAACAACACCAACAACAGCAACAACAAUUCCAUCAACUUACUCAACAUCAACAAGAGGAUGCUUUGAGUGCUCAACUUGGUCAACAGCUAGCAUACCAACAACAGCAACAACAGCAAUUACCUCAACAUUUGACUCAUCAAAUCCAUACCCCUCAACCACAACAACCUCAAAUGCAUCAUCAUUUACAUGCUUCUAUGGCCCAACAAACACAACAACUCCAUCUCCAACAUCAACAACAAAGACAACAUACUCCAGUCCACCUUUCACGACAACCAACUCCUCAACAACAGGCUAUGGUUCAACAUCAUCAACCUAUUUCCCAACAACACUCAAAUAGACAUACCCCAACUCCGCAACUGCAACAACAACAUUUAGAAAUGUUGGCUACUGCAAGUGAAUCAGAUCAUCUUAUAGAUACACCACUUAAAAAGGUUGCUCCAAGAUCCAGUGAUUUAUUCCGUGUUGGUCCUCGUUUUAGUCCAACUAGACAACAUCAAGAAGUAUAUUGUAAAGCAAAUGAUAUGCCAGUUAUUCCAAGAUUAGAUGCUCGUAUUGAUAGAGGGUUUGAAAUUGGUGAGAAUGGGACUUGGAUUGGUUAUAAACGUAAUUAUUUCACUUUGGUAUCUUCUUUCAGCUUCGAGAAUUUUGAUUUUUCAAGAUUUAUUCAAAAUAAAUUUUAUACUUAUGAAAAGGGGUUAAAUUUAAAGAAUGGAGGAGGAUUCCAACCUCAUAAUCAUCCCCAUCAUCCUCAUCAUCAACAACAUGCUGGUGAAAAUCGAGUUGAAAUUAGUUAUUUUGCAAUCAGAUUGGUUGCCAAGUGUUCAGAUGAUGAUGUUUCAAUUUCAUUGAUUCAACAUACUUCAAAAAGAGAUAAAGGUCCACAAUUCCCUCCACCAAUUUAUCCUGCUGUUCCUGGUGAUUUACCUGAUCAUGAUACUGUUAAAGCUAGUUGUAAUAAACGUAAUGGAGCUAAAUUGGAAACUAUGAAUAAGAUUUUCUUUUUUGAUAGGGCUGAUUAUUAUAAUGAAUAUAAUUUAGAUACUUUGAAAGAUGAAUCAAGUUUAAAGAAUUAUCCAAGUGAUUCAAUUGCAAGAAUUGCUAGAUUUGAAAGAAUUCAAUUCACAAGUUCAAUUAGAGUUAAAAGUUCAAGUACAAAUUCAAGAUAUUUUACUUUAAAUGUUGAAUUAUUGGGUAUAAUUGAAGAUGAAGAUUUACAAAUUCAACCUAUAUUAUUAAGUUCAAUUGAAACUCCCCCAUUAAUCAUUAGAGGAAGAUCUCCAUCUAGUUAUCAUAAAGAUAGAACAUCAGGAUAUAGACCACCAAGUGUGAACAGCAGUAGAUAA